UUACAUAAUACACUCGCACGAUCUAUACUUUUACAUUCAAAACGUUCAUAACCUAGCGCUGUAAAGAAAAUAAAACUUUAUUUUCGAUACGUUUUUCUUUUUUGUUAGUUACGCAAACUUACUGUGAUAAUUAAAAGUGACUUAAGUAAUAAUUUCGUCACUACUUGCAAGUGACGAGUUUAACGUCAAGAGGUCGAGGUCGCAACAAAUCAUAAAUUGUGUAUGCCUUAUCUUUAUUCUGUGUUGUGAUAAUUCUUUAAACUCGUGCGUGCGCCAGUUUCAGUUUAGCUUGUUGCUUGGUGUGUAAAUCUACAUUAAGUGACAUAAGUUUCAUCAAAAUGGCAUUAUCCAAAAUAAAAUUACUGGCGAAUGGGAAUAUUUGCAGGUUUAUAUCUAGUUCUGCUAGAAAUAAAGCUACAUUUUCUUGGGAGGAUCCUUUAAACAUAGAAUCAAAUUUACAUCAAGAUGAGAUUAUUGUUCGGGACACUUUCCGCGCAUAUUGCGACGAGAAACUCAUGCCGAGGGUAAUAAACGCGAAUCGCAAUGAAGUAUUCGAUAAAGAAAUCAUGGCGGAAAUGGGCAACUUGGGAGUGCUUGGAUGCACAAUCAAAGGCUAUGGGUGCGCGGGUGUUUCCAACGUAGCGUAUGGUUUAAUAACUCGCGAGGUAGAAAAAGUUGACAGCGGGUACCGAUCGGCUGUGAGCGUCCAAUCUUCAUUGGUAAUGGGCGCCAUUUAUAUGUAUGGAUCAGAAGCACAAAAAGAAAAAUACCUACCGCAGUUGGCCCAAGGUAAACUGAUCGGUUGUUAUGGUCUGACCGAACCCAACCAUGGCAGUGACCCUGGUUCGAUGGAGACUCGCGCCAAACACAACAAGUCCAACAAGACCUACUCACUCACUGGCAGCAAAACAUGGAUUACCAAUAGCCCGGUGUCAGAUAUUUGCGUGGUGUGGGCCAAAGCCGAAGAUGGUAAAAUCAGAGGAUUUAUCAUUGAUAAAAGCCAGAAUACAACUGGUUUAGCCACGCCAAAAAUCGAAGGGAAAUUCUCUUUAAGAGCUUCAGCUACAGGAAUGAUCCUAAUGGACAAUGUAGAAAUCCCUGAAGAGAACCUUCUUCCGGGAGCACAAGGUCUCGCAGGUCCUUUUGGAUGUUUAAAUAAUGCUCGUUAUGGUAUUGCUUGGGGUGCUCUGGGGGCAGCAGAAUCUUGUUUAAAAUACGCUAGGCAAUAUGUGAUCGAACGCAUGCAAUUCCAAAGACCAUUGGCUGCAAAUCAAUUGAUCCAGAAGAAGUUAGCUGAUAUGCUUACAGAAAUUUCAUUGGGAUUAAAUGCGUGCCUACAUGUUGGGCGCAUGAAGGAUAAGAACAAGCAUACUCCUGAGAUGAUAUCAAUGUUGAAGAGAAACAACGCCGGCAAAGCAUUAGAAAUUGCACGCAACGCUCGCGAUAUGCUCGGGGGCAACGGCAUACACGACGAGUACCACAUCAUUAGACAUUUGGUUAACUUAGAAAGUGUCAAUACUUACGAAGGAACACACGACAUACACGCGCUCAUUCUGGGUAGAGCGAUCACCGGAAUCCAGGCAUUUAAAUAAAUCGUAUAUUAUGUUUACCGUUUUUUUCAAAAUGUAUUUUAAAAUUAAUAGAGUCUUGCCCAAAACAACAGGAAA